GUUAGUAGUGUGGUGUGGAGGCUCUGGUGCUGAGGUGCUGCUGUGUCCAGGUGAAAGCUGCGGGCAGGUUACUCACAAUAAUCCCACACACAGACUGCUGACACCGGUGAAUGUUUUGAACAACAGAGUCCCAAAAAUGUUGCGUCUUGCCUUCAAUUAGGACAGAGGGAUCAGUCCUGGGACCCGUUAGUGGAUACUUUUCUAAAUUACAGUCCUGCAUUUGACAAGGAAGCAAUGACCUUCAGUCCUUUUGGAAAUACAGCAGCUUUUGUGUGCUCUGUUUAAAUAUAAAGGUGGAUGGAUUGCAACUCUGUGACAUACUAAAGAUAUAUUAUGGGAACAUAAAUAGAAAAACUGCCAAUUCUGCUCUAUGGAGAAUGGAUUGGACAUUCUAUCAAAUCUCAUUAUAAAGUAUUUCUAAAGGUUCUGGAAUAAAGCUCAAAUUAUUGUUUCUGUAAAGAGCGUUAGUCUUUUUUCCUCAACCAGAACUAAUGGAGAAAUAAAACCCUGUUCAUCGUAGAUCAGAAGAAAGUUAUAACAUUGUAUAAAGUGACAGACUCUCAGCCUCCCAUACCCAAACAUGAGUGUUUCGGAGCCUAGUGAGAUCUUCUCUGUGGGGGGGAAGAGCGGGUCUAGCAUGACACUUCCUCUCCACAGUGCAGGAGACCACAACGGGAAUGCUUUCCCAAUUUCCUCUUCGUCAUCCUCCUCUUCCUCCUCCUGUCUGGGGGAGUUGUCUCCUGAGUCAUUGCGGAGUCUGAGCAGCCUCAGCGGUGGCCGGACUGACAGCCCGCUGGACUAUGACAUGCUUGAGGUCACCCUGACGACGACAGUGAUGACCAAAACAGACAAAAUGACAGAGGUUGUCAUUUCAAAAUGGUCACCAGAGGAGGAAAGCAAACAAGAUGACAAUGAUGACGAUGUCUCAGUGGGAAUGAUGCAAACAGCGGCCGAGCUGUCAGAAUCCAACGACAACUCAACGGCAACGUCUGUUUACCUGGACGCCAACAGCAGCGAAUACCACCAAGACUCCUGGAACGACAACCUGACACUGGCCUUGUCCUUGACGACACAUGGUGGUGGUCAUGGUAAUAAUGAUGAGCUCAGCAGUAGAAGCAGUAAUGGGAAAAGACAUGGCUCCUCAACACCUGACUCGGAUGCAACAGAAAUCCCUGAAGAUGACGAUGAAGAGGAAGCUUUGUUUCUGUCAGUGUGCUCUGAUGUGGAUGUGCAAAGGAGAACCAGCGUAACCCUCACAAGCUCAACCAGCGAGUCCAGCGGAGGCCUGUUGAACCCAAGUGACUCUACUCCACCAUCUGACUUUCAGACAGAGGGGUUGGUAGCUGUGAGCGUAGCCAAUGAAAAGAGUUCAGAGCAGGUGUUAGAAGGGGCCGAGGUUACCUGUCCUCUGGAUUCACCUGGGGAAGGUCAGACAGAGCCUUCUGCUUCUGAGGACCUUAGCGAACCCACCCAGAUAUCAUCUUCUACUCCUUCUUCUACCAAUCCAGUUCAAGAUGCUAAAGAAGUCACAGUUUCUCUGCCUGAGGAAGCUGAAAGAUAUGAAGUGAACUCCAAACCCACCCAGUCCAAUACCAGUCAGCCAGCCAGAGCAGCAAAAACCAAACCAGCCACUGUGACUUCAACUGCCCCCAAGACUGCUGCCUCCACAGCCGUCAAAACCUCCAGUUUUGAGGCAAAGAGAUUUUCCAAAGUCGACCUAAAGAAUGUCAAGGCUAAAGUUGGGUCUCGUUCCACCCCGUCCCCACCAAAACCUCAAGGCCAGAACAAAUCUGCUCCAGCUAAUGGAAAGAAAGCUGUUCCUAGGAAGGAAGAAGUACAGGCUAACGAUGGGGUUAAAAGACAAAGGUUAUCUCCAAUGAAAGUGGCUGUGCUGAGACCCAUCAAAGGAAGGAACUGUAACCUCAAAACUAGCCACAAAACGGCAGCCAAUGACUCUGCUCGGCUAGAGAAGAAGACUGCAGCCGUCACUCGAAUGCGUUCGACCUCCACCAGCUCACUGGGCUCCGAGGUGGCUGAGGAAGGACGCCAGGACACACCCACGAAGGUUGUCCAGGAGGUGUCUGAUACUGUGGAAACUAAACAUCCAAGUGGAGCUGCUGGUGAAGAGCCUGUGGAGGAUCAAAGGGAUGGUACUGGAGAGGCCUUAUUGACAGAGCCAGCUGUGGAGAAACCAAGGAACCAUAGCCGGAAAGUCUCCUCCAAGCUGGGGCCCAAUGCCAGGCAACAGGCGAGAGGCACCAGAGCGGAUAGGGGGCCCUCGGAACCGGCUCCACCUCCAGGCACAGGGACCGGACCUCCAGGACAGGGGAGCGCUGGGCCAAGGCAAGCCCAGACUGAUGUCUCCAAGCUGGGAGAGGGUGGACAAAGUGCCGGGGGUGGAUCUCCAAUGAGAGCGAGACUGAGCUUCAGUCAGAGUCAGGGUAUCCCCAAACCUCGCACCGCCGCAGAGCGAGCAUCUGCAUUGGCUUCCUUGGGCCUCGCAGCAUCCAACGCCAAAUCAGCAGCCAAUCAGCAGCCACCGUCCGGGUCUGUCGGACGACCUGCUGCACCCGCUACAUCAAAGCUUCCUGUGAAAGGAUUACCAACCAGCCUCAGCUCCUCGUCUCUGGGAAGCAACGAGAACAAUGGAGCCACGAGCAAAGCCCCUCUAUCAUCUCCUGGAGCUCCAGUACCAACAGGGACCAAGCUAGAUGAGCGGCCCAGCAGAAGCACUCUUCCUGUGGGCAGCCAGUGCGUGGCAAAACUCACCAGCUCAAGCAGCACAGCCGGCCCCUGCACCAGUGCUCCCAGUGCUCCCAGUGACACACUUAGUGCUAAUACUGCUGCUCCAAAGCCUCCUGCAAUGCGGAGCAGAGCUCUGUCGUUGCAAGCCAGGACCACAACUACAGGUUUAAAAGCCCCGUCAGUCACCAGCCACAUCACAGCCAAGACAGCCGCCGCCAAUCAAACGGCAGCAAAGACGCCUUCCACUGCCAAUCAGGGGCCGACGAAGCAGGUGGCAUCCCAGUAUCCCCUGCAACGAUGUGGCUCAGCGAGACUCAGUCGACUGAACGGCUCAGGCCUUGUGAAGCCGGGGCCUGUGGUUGCAGCCUUCCCCCGAAAUGCGGUGGCUCUGGUCUGGGCCCGGGCGCCUGGCUGCCUCCCCUCUGCGGCGGUCCUGGAAGUCCUCCUGUGGCCUGCGGGGAGCCGCUAG